AUGGCGACCGUCACUCAGGUCGAGGUCCCCGCCGUGCGGCAGCGCUCGGUGCAGAUGAAACUCGAACCAGCGCUUCCCGACAUCAACACACUCAGACAGGCCAUCCCGCCUCACUGCUUCAAGCCCUCCGCCGCGAGAUCACUGGGCUACGUGGCACGCGAUGUUACAAUGGCGGCCGCCCUGGUCUACGGCGCAUUGACCUACAUACCCGAAGUUUCGAGCCCAGUCUACCGCACUCUGCUCUGGACAGCAUACGGCUUCCUCCAGGGCCUCGUCGGUGUCGGCAUCUGGAUUCUGGCCCACGAGUGCGGCCACGGAGCAUUCUCAAUGCAUCGCCAAUUGAACGACUUUGUUGGCUGGAUAUUGCACUCCUCCCUGGGUGUGCCGUACUUCUCCUGGAAGUUCUCCCACGCCCGGCAUCACCGUUUCACCGGUCACAUGGAGAAGGACAUGGCCUUCGUGCCCAACACGCAGCCGUCAUGGUUCAUCGAGAAGCUAGGAAGCACUCUGGGCUCCAUUAUCGACCCCGAGAUUCUCGAGGAUGCGCCUUUCGUCAACCUCGUUCGCCUCAUGGGCCAGCAGCUGGCUGGAUGGCAGGUGUACAUGCUGAUUAAUGCGACGGCUGGAGGAGAGAGCCUGCAGAACAAGGAUGCCAAAUGGUGGAGACUCAGCCACUUUGACCCUUUCAGCGGCGUCUUCCGUCCCCAGGAGGCUAUCUACAUCCUCAUUUCGGACUUGGGUCUUGGUCUCGUCUGUGCCGGCCUCUACUUUGCCGCACAGGCUCUGGACUGGCAGACCGUGUUUCUGCUGUACGGAGUUCCGUACCUCUGGAUCAACCAUUGGCUGGUGGCCAUUACGUACCUCCACCACACUCACCACGACGUUCCUCACUACGACGGUGAGAAGUGGUCAUUCGUGGCUGGUGCUCUUGCAACCGUCGACCGGGACUUUGGCUUCGUCGGUCGCCACGUCUUCCACGGCAUCAUUGAUACCCACGUCGUUCACCACCUGUUUUCGCGCAUCCCUUUCUACUAUGCCGAGGACGCCACACGGGCGAUCAAGCCUCUGCUCGGCGACCUCUACCACCAGGACGAGAGCUCGUUCAUGGGCUCUCUCUGGGAGACCUCGCGCACGUGCCAGUACGUCGAGAAGGACCCUAGCAACCCUGGUGUGCUGAAGUGGGCAAAAUAG